AUGCAAACUCAUCACUUCUCAUCAUCUUGUGGCAGUGCCUCCUGCACCCGUUUACAAGAUGAAGAUUCAAUUUUCCUCUCUCUUGCUCCUCCUGGUCACCAACAUUUACCACCUUCCAAACUCUCAUCAUCCCCUCAUAUCCCUCCAUUGCAACUAAACACUCCUACUUCCACUACAGCACCUCCUCAGUAUUGGAUCCCUUCUCCUGCUCAAAUUCUUAUUGGUCCCACCCAGUUUUCUUGCACUGUCUGCAACAAAACCUUCAACCGUUUCAACAACAUGCAGAUGCAUAUGUGGGGGCAUGGAUCACAGUAUAGGACAGGACCUGAAUCACUGAGAGGACCAAAACCAGCGUCGGCUUCAUCAAUACUGAGACUUCCCUGCUAUUGUUGCGCCGAGGGUUGCAAAAACAACAUAAACUAUCCAAGGUCAAGACCACUGAAAGAUUUCAGGACACUUCAAACGCACUACAAGAGAAAGCACGGAGGGAAAUCGUUCGAGUGCAGGAAGUGUAAGAAGACAUUUGCUGUGAGAGGAGAUUGGAGAACACAUGAGAAGAAUUGUGGGAAGCUUUGGUUUUGUAUAUGCGGUUCUGAUUUCAAACACAAAAGAUCGCUUAAAGAUCAUGUUCGUACUUUCGGUAGUGGCCACGCUCCACACACGUUGGAAUCUUUUAGUUUUGAUGAACAUAAAAUAGAAAAUGAAAAUUUCAAGGAAGAAGAAGGGGAAGAAAAUGGAAGUGAAGAUGAAGAAGAAGACAAUGACAGUGAAGUUGCUUUUACUUUCAAUUAA